AUGGGCGCCGUCGACAGAAUUUCCCAAAUCGGUGGCCAACUCACCGGCAAUCCUACCGCCGGCGGCCGCGAGAAGCUCCUCGAAAAGCACCCCGACGAUGUCGUCGUCACCGCCUGCUGCCGCAGCGCGUUCACCAAGGGCGGCAAGGGCGGCUUCAAGGACACCCCCGCGGCCGACAUCAUGGCCGGCAUCCUCAGGGCCAUCCUCGACCGCUCCAAGAUCAACCCGGCCCUGGUCGAGGACAUCGCCGUCGGCACCGUGCUCGCGCCGGGAGGCGGGGCGACGGAGAUGCGCGCGGCGGCCUUUGUCGCCGGCUUCACCGAGGAGACGGCCGUGCGGACGCUCAACAGGCAGUGCUCGUCUGGCCUGCAGGCGUGCAUCGACGUCGCGAACCAGAUCAAGACGGGCAUGAUUGACAUUGGCAUCGGUGCUGGUGUGGAGAGCAUGAGCUUGAACUACGGGCCCGGCGCCGUGUCUGAAUUCUCCGAAGAGUUUGCCAAGAACAAGGAGGCUGCCAACUGCAAGGUCCCCAUGGGCGUCCUCUCCGAGGCCAUGGCCAAGGACCUCGGCAUCGACCGCGCCAGCCAGGACGCCUUCGCCGCCGCCUCCUACCAAAAGGCCAUCAAGGCGCAAAAGGACGGCCUCUUCAACGACGAGAUCGUGCCCCUCAAGGUGCGCGUCCAGGACCCCAAGACGGAAGAGUGGAAGGAAGUCGUCGUGGACCGCGACGACGGCGUGCGCGAGGGCAUCACGGCCGAGUCGCUGGGCAAGAUCCGGCCCGCCUUCGCCAAGGACGGCUCCAUCCACGCCGGCAACGCCAGCCAGGUCUCGGACGGCGCCGCCGCCGUGCUGCUGAUGCGGCGCUCGACCGCCGAGAAGCUGGGCCAGACGAUCCUGGGCAAGUACGUUGCCGGCGCCGUCGUCGGCGUGCCGCCGCUGCUCAUGGGCCAGGGCCCCUGGAAGGCGAUCCCCAAGGCGCUCCAGAAGGCGGGCAUUUCCAAGGACGACGUGGACAUCUAUGAGAUUAACGAGGCGUUUGCGAGCCAGUGCCUGUGGUGCGCGAACCAGCUGGGCAUUCCGCAGGACAAGAUCAACCCCAAGGGAGGCGCGAUUGCGUUUGGGCACCCCCUGGGAUGUACGGGGGCGAGACAGGUUUCGACGUUGCUGUAUGAGUUGAAGAGGACGGGGAAGAAGGUUGGGAAUACGUCGAUGUGUGUUGGUACGGGGAUGGGGAUGAGUGCCGUCUGGGUUGCUGAGUAG